AUGGUGGAGAAAACGGAUGUCUUAAAAUGGCCUUGUCAUACUCGAUUCACACCUGUGAAGAAGUUCUCUAACGAAUAUUUUAAAUUUCAUCGAGAGCGGGGUCAUGACACAGAGGAUUGUUUCCAGUUAAAAGAUGAGAUAGAUCGAUUAAUCCGGCAGGGAUAUUUUAAAGAUCUAAUUCUGCAUGGUCGCGAUGUAGAAAGCGGUGCUCGAAAAAGCAGAUCAAGGAGCAGGGAUAGAGGUCAAGGUCGUGAAAAAGAUGAGAGAAAGGAAUCUAACGUGCGAGACAAUGCACCUGUGAAAGAUGUAAUAUAUACCAUUGCACGAGGACCUGAAGGAGGUGAUUCGGGACGAACCAGGAAAAGACAGGGAAGGAUAAAUCAGACGAGCCAAUUAGUUAUGAAUGUGGAGCCUGAGGAAGAGAUAGUAUUCGGGGACAAAGACGUUGCGGAAAGAAUCGGGUCGCAAAAUGAUCCAAUGGUAAUCAAAAUAGACAUAGGUAAUUUUGUUGUUCACAAGGUGCUAGUACACAAUGGGAGUUUCACAGAUAUCAUCUUCGGAGAUGUGUUAGUUAAGAUGGGGCAAGACAAUGCCAAGUUGGAACCCGUGAGGACACCGCUGGUAGGUUUUGGAGGUACUGAGGUAGAAUCACUAGGAACAAUCGAUCUGCCUGUAUCACUGGGGGAAGAACCCAAAUGCAAGACAUUGAUGGUUAAGUUUCUAUUUGUGGACACACCUUUCGCAUACACCGUCAUUUUGGGAAGACCGGGUGUAAUUCUUUCCGAACAAUUGUUUCAACAUACCAUCUUAAAAUAA